AUGGUACCCGAUUACGACAUCGUGGUCCCUACUUUGAGCUCACCGUCGUCCCGGUGGACGAGGUCCGUCCCAGGGCCGUCGUCCCGGUGGACGAGGUCCGUCCCCGGGUCGUCCGCCGUCCACCAGCAGCAGCUGGGCGGUGACGCCGGCGGUGAUGCCGACCCUCUUCACCUCACUCUUGACGCCCUCGGACAAACCUUCUCUUUUAAGUUGGAGGAGUCGAGAGGCCUCGUGUCGCCGUUGGCGGCGCUGGUGCACCGCUACCACAACCGCUCCGACGUCGGCAGCCUCGCUGAGCGCAGGGACUGCCUCUACACCGGCCGCCGCCGAGACACCUCCAUCGCCGUCAACAUUUGCUCCCACAUGCGCGGAGUAAUACGCUCGCCGACGGACGAGCUGAUCAUCGAGCCGCUGCCCGACACGGCGCUACGGCGCCACCGACGCUCUACUCGGCGCGAAGAAAUCCCUCUCCUCAUCCAUAGGAGGAGCCGCAACCCACCUUGCUCCUCAACUCAGGGGGAAGGAGGCCACGACCGGGAGUACCUAAUAAGCCGGUUCCAGUCUGAAUCACUGUUCAACCGCCCGGUACCUCGGAUCACGGAUCUCAGCAGCGGACUAUCAAACUCAGCUGACAACGAUCUCUUCGUGACGGGCGGAUCCCGGCAGAAGUUACCGGCAGCCAUUUAUGUGGAGACCGCCGUGUUCGUGGACAAGGAUCUGGCUGAGCACAUGGAGAAUUACUUCCCUACGGACAGCGAGGAACAACUCGUGCAAGUCGUGCUCGCCAUGGUCAAUGCGGUGCAGCUGCUCUACACCGAGAAGAGCCUCGGAGUGGAGGUUCAUUUCAUCAUCAAACGCCUGGAAGUUCUGCACGAAGAUCCUGUGGGUUUGCACCGGCCUCACGAUAUCGACAUCUACCUCACCAACUUCUGCAGGUGGCAGAGGGACGAAAACCCUGUAGGGGAUGACCAUGCGCUGCACUGGGACCACGCCCUGGUCCUGACAGGGCUCGACCUGUACACCGUCACCUCCAGAGGAAGACUCAACUCUCAGGUCGUCGGCCUGGCCCCUGUAGCCGGGAUGUGUAGCGCCUCCAGCUCGUGUACGGUGAACGAAGGUCGCCACUUCGAGUCGGUCUACGUAGUGGCGCACGAAAUCGGACACAAUCUCGGCAUGCGUCACGACGGUGCGACCGCGGGCAACAACUGCGACCCAGGCGAGCAUCUCAUGUCCCCCACUCUCGGGUCGGGGAAAAUAACCUGGUCGACUUGUUCCCGCCGGUACCUCGAGAUAUUUUUAUCGAGCGAUCAAUCGGGCUGCCUGCGAGACGCGGCUGAGGCGACGCCUGAGCUGGACCACCGCGGCGAGCUGCUGCCGGGGCAGCGCUUCCCUGCCGACAUGCAGUGCAUGCUGAAGCAUGGCCCCGGCAGCCGUCACGCCGAUACACAACCGCUGCAGGAGAUCUGCGAGGACCUGCACUGCAGGAGGGACCACUACACCUGGACCUCCCAUCCCGCCCUCGAGGGCACCUCGUGUGGUCCCUUGAAAUGGUGCAAGCACGGCCGCUGCCUCAAGCAGACGACGCGUUCCCGCGACAGCCAAAAAAUAUCAUCCGUGGACCGCCGCCCCUCCACCAACAACUUCUUCGAUUCCAGGAGGGGGGAGCAUAGCCCUCCUAUUGCUGGUAUUGAUCUGCUUGAUCCCCAACCCUCAAUCCCCGCGGUGCUUGGGUCCUUACCCCCGAGCGACGGAUCGAUUGUCGUGAGGUUCACUCCUGGUCCUCCAAGCCUCACCCCAUUCACCCGCAUUCCUGACCCAUUCAGCCCGUCAGGUCCUAUCGCAAGUAUAACCCCCGUGCCACCGUCAGUGCUUCCACCUUCAGGCGACGGUGACUGGAGCGAGUGUCAGUCCUCGUGUCUGUACGGCACGGACGGCAUGCUCUCCUCCGGCAGCAUCGGCAUUCAGAAGAGCCGCCGCUCGUGCAGCACGUGCCGAGGUCAGUUUCGGUAUCGGACUUGCAGCGCAGUGCGGCAGUGCGCCGCAGGAAGCCGGAGGACCCUUCAGGAUUUUGCGGACCAAGCCUGUCGCGCCCUCGUCACCGACAACCCCAGAUACUCCGGCCUCGCUACCACCAUCUCCCCUAAUGGACUGUCGCAGUGCCGUGUGACGUGUGCGACGGUGUCUCUAGGUGCAGACGUGUCGCGCACGUGGUACCCUGAUGGCACGACGUGCUACCUCGACAGCGGCUCUGCAGCGUACUGCAUCGCUGGCGUCUGCACUGGGUUCAGCUGCAACCCCGAUUCCCAGUUCAUAUCGAGCGGGGUUCAUUGUCAGUCCUCCCAGACCAUCUCGUCGAUCACGGACCUCACGGUGAACCUGUGGGGACCCUGGACUGCUGGGUCGUCCUGCCGCUUCCAGAGGGAAGUGUCUCAGCUCUCCGGCGUCGGCAUGCAGCUUUCCAACACCGCCAGUGACCCGGAUCGCGCGUGCACUGUCGCGUGUCAGGAUCUGACCCUGCACUACCGAUUCUAUCGGGUCAACGGACGCGACGGGUGGUUCCCCUUCGGCACAGACUGCUCCGGGGGGCAGACUGGCCGGCCUAAACAUUGCCUUAAUGGCAAAUGCCUGGAUUUCGAUGUGGAAGGAAUUCCUCUGCAACUUAAUGAGGUGUCCGCCGUGGGGCCGCGUUCUCGGUCCUUGGACUUGGAGGCCGUCGCAGAGGACGCCGUUGAAAUCCAGCCUCUGCUGCCGCUACGCACUGGCGCACUCAAGCCAACGCCACUUCCUUUUUACUCUUUCCAAGAACAGCAGGUUAUGAUGCACAAGCAGCUCAUAAAUCAGCACCUACGUGACCAGCACCCGCUACAGGAGCCGCUGAUGCAGAGAAACACUCAAAGUGGAGGCGCUUUGCUCCGUCGUUCCCUGCAGAAAAGGGACAUCAAGCUUACGUCUCAUCGCUUACCGGGCUCCAUUGACUCCCAGUUCCUUAUGACGCUCGUUGAUCAACUCAACUAUACCAUGACGUACGGAAACGACUCCAAACUGCAGUUCGAUUCUUCCACAAUUGACUUGGCGAAUCCGAUUUUCAUUGACGUCAGUGUAACGCCAUCCAACUCUUCACAUGCAAUAGCAAAACACCGAUGGACGACGCGAUUGCGAUCUAAUGAUUCUAAUGCCACCGAAAUUCCUGCCGAAAUUCAUCCCGAUAAAAAAUUCAGCACGUCUCAAGAAUCAGCAGUGGAAGAUGGGAGGAAACUGUUAGAAGAUUUCGGCCGUCGGGAUACUGAAACUAUGGUAAUGCUCACUGAUCCGUAUGAUAGUGAACCACCUUUCCAAGCAGUUGAAAAUGUUUCUGCACCGCAAGGAUCCUGGCCGAAGAAAACCAAAGAAACGGCAAUGUUACUUAGCGUCGACGGUCAGGAUGAUACAGUAAAGCACUCGCAAGAUCCAAUGAAAGAUACUGCUCAGAAUAGAUCACUCUCUUCCUCGCGUGGAAGGUCUUUAGAUUCAGCUUCUGGAGCUAGAGAUUCUUAUUUAGUCUCUGGGCAGCCUAGCAGUGUAGUUCCUAGCACAGAGAUUGCUGCUGAACAGGAGGAGGGAUUUUGGGACGUGAAGAAGACGCCAUGUUCUGUCACUUGCGGAGAAGGGCUUUUGGAGGUGGUUGUAACUUGCCAGCCAGCGGCUUCUAGUUCGCGAGGGUUAUCAAAGGAGUCGCCGCUGAUACCUCGGCAUGACCAAAAACUCUCAUUUAUACCUCAAAUCACUGAUACCAAAACCCUUUAUGGACAACCAGUUCCCUUCAGCAUCGAUUCCAAAAAAGCUCUAGGGUCUUUCUCUAGGCAUUCAAGAGUUUACCAUUUAGAACGGGGAGAACCAGAACAUGGAAUUCGAGAGCCAAUAUCGACCAGAAACCAGGAAAAAAUUCACCGCUGGUAUCAUAUCAUUAUCGAAGAUCCUGGGAGACAGCCUCAUGUCAGAAACGAUGACUUUCGACCCUCUGGUUUCAUAGGGUCUCACCCUCUGAGAACUCAAAUAGAUGUUUCACUGCCCAAUGUGCAAGUCGCUAGAUCAUCGCUCUUACAGGACUCAAAUCGACGUGUUCCUAACAGACCGUCUUUACCUUCUCCAUCCUUCUCGUCAAACUCCCAGUUAAGGGACAUCGUGCAUCCUAAACAUGCAAGAUCAAUUGAUUUCACGGUUCAAGCAGCGAAUUCUAAAGUUCCUUGUUCAGGUCCAAUGCCGGAGGUGCCGGGUUUCCAGAAAUGUGUUCUGCGUGAGUGUCCUUUGGAGGAACAUAAACCAUCACCUGUUCUGUCCGCGUGGUUGACUUCUUUGAUGGCCAGAAGCCAGAAUGCUUCGAAAAAUUUUUCAGUGUAGAUUUCUCAUAGUCCCAUGAUCUCAUGUAAUGACUAAUUAUUAAAAUAUGUAAAAAUAUUGUAAGUGUUUACGUAUGACUGUAAUUGAAUUCUUCUCAGGUUGGAAAAAAAAGCUUUGCUGAUAAUUUUUUGUUACCAUUCAAUUUGAUUUAUUAAAAUGAUUUAAUGUUUUUGUGCGAUGAAAUUUGGGGCUUGAUAUAGCGCUCCGAAUAAGAGUAACGUCGACUUUCCCGUGAAAUCUACUGACAUUCAAGAAUUAUAAUGGGAACAUUGAUAUUUUCUAAAAUUCUUGUGGUUUUCGUCUGGAUAAAUCUGAAUGGAUAAAUUAUUUUCGAAAGAUCGAUAUUUUCCAUUGCAUAGAUUUCAAACACAACGUCUUACCAUUUAUCUAUUCGGUUACAGACAAAUUCUUCUAAUUUGAAUAUUGUAAUGAACGGAUUGAUUAUCACAUAGCCCGUAGUUACUUAACUUUAUGGUUGUGGAAACGUCAACAAUUUUAUCAUCAAUAAUUCCUUAACAAAUAACACAAUCGUGUUCAACAGAAUAUUUUUUCUAGGUGAUAGCUUAAAUUGACAUUCUUCUUCUUUCAAGUUUUUUUUUCGCUAAUAUAGACGGCCUUUCACGUGAAGAUCUAUUUACACUAUUCGAAUUUUCUCUGUUGGAAUGUUCUGAAGUUUAGAAUUUUAUAGUCCUACCGUUCUCACAGAAUAAUGUGUCAACGUUGACUCGAAACAAAAUAUAUGGGUUUGAAUGUAGUAAAA